UCUCAAUGUGAAAUGCACAGGAUUCCAUCUCCGGUAGGGUGCUGAACUUUCUUGGCUUACAAGUAAUCAAUUUGAAUGCUGUUGAUAAAAGUACAUAUAUAUCCCUCCGACGUCAAUUGCCUUCAUAGUUAUUCAUUUAGAUCUGAACUCUAAUCAGCAUUAAUAUCCUUAGAAGCACUCAUUUAUGAUAGACUAGAAUUUAUAAGGCCAAGAAUACCUACGGAGGAGAGCCACACAUGUCGACUACUACCGAAGGGGCUGUCUCGGGCACGGCAGGGCAGGAGGAGGAGGAGGGUGUGACCCUCGAGAGUCUGAGGAGGAAGAUGGCAGAGUUUGCGAGGGAAAGAGCCUGGGAACAGUUCCAUAGCCCCAGGAACCUCCUGCUAGCUCUGGUGGGGGAGGUCGGGGAGCUGUCAGAGAUCUUUCAAUGGAAAGGUGAGGUGCCGAGGGGUCUGCCUGACUGGGAAGAGGAGGAGAAGCAACACCUGGGGGAGGAGCUCUCUGAUGUGCUGCUCUACCUUGUGAGGCUCUCGGACAUCUGUGGGGUGGACUUGGGGAAGGCCGCACUCAGGAAGCUGGAGCUCAAUGCCCACAAGUACCCUGUCCAGCUAUGCAAGGGCUCUUCGAGGAAGCACACUCGUUACUCCUCCAAUGCACACAGCCGCAGCAACGAGGACCCCAGCAGUGGAACUUCCGAGGGGCUCCCAAACACUGGCCUGCAUAGAUAGGGUUAUUUUGGGUGGUCAGAGGCGAAUGUAAGCAUUGUUCUGAUGCUGUCCUCCUAUCUCUUGUUGCAUGGACACCAUCUUGGUUGGUGCAGUCAUUGCUGCAGAAGAGUCUAGCAGACAAUAUAAUACUUAAUGCAUCGUCAUUCCUUAUCUCUUCAUGCUGGAGGCUGUGAGGUGAGGCUUUUUAUGA